AUGCACUUCGACGGCUCGAACAUGCGACUCGGCCUAGGGGCCGGCAUCGUGCUGUCCUCCCCCAAGGGCGACUGGCUCAAGUACGCACUGCAGAUUCACUUCGCCGCCUCCAACAACGUCACCGAGUAUGAAGCCCUUGUGCACGGCCUUCGGCUUGCCAACGAACUCGGCAUCCGGCGCAUCCUGUGCUACGGCGACUCGGACAUAGUGGUGCAGCAGUGCUCCGGCAAGGGGGAUGCCCAUGACUCCAACAUGGCAAGCUACCGCUUCCUCGUCCAGAAGCUGUCCGGAUUCUUCGUGGGCUGUGAGUUCCUCCAUGUCCCGCGCGCAGAAAAUGAGGCGGCCGGCACGCUCGCAAAGAUCGCCUCGUCCCGGCAGUCCAUUCCGUCCGGUGUCUCCGUCGAGCAUCUGCACAAGCUAUCCGUCAAGCCGUCUCCGGACUCCGAGUCCAUCCACGCUGCCGCCCCAGAGCCCGAAAUGGUGGCCGUCUUCGCCGUAGUAACGACGCCAUCCUGGGCCCUGCCCAUCUCGGAGUUCCUGGAGAACGGGGUCCUCCCCAUGGACGAGACCGAAGAUCGACAAGUGCAGCACCGAGCCUCCGCCUACAGCAUCAUAAACAACGAGCUCGCCAAGCGCAGCUGCACCGGCAUAUUCCAACGCUGCGUCGAGCAAGACAAGGGCAUUGAGAUCCUCCUCGACAUACACCGGGGCGAGUGCAGGCACCACGCCGCCUCGCGAUCCCUGGUGGCUAAGGCUUUCCACCAUGCUUUCUACUGGCCCACGACCCUCGAAGACGUAGAGUCGCUCGUUCUCAAAUGCGAAGGAUGCCAGCGCUUCAGCUAG